AUGACCCUAGCCGGGCUUUCAAAACCCCGGCAAGAAAUUUCAGUAUCGGUUCAUCGUGGCUUAGCAUAUCCAGACCUCACUCGGCGAAAGUGUAACACAAAGCCGUCCGGAAUAACGGAAAUGCCAAUAUGUGAACCCGUCAGAUGCCAAGAACGAAGGCGGCGCCAAUUCUUCGUAUUGCGUAAGGAGUCAUUAGCCGACAAGCGAGGCAAGAUGCCCUUGGCCAUCGAGGCUUUACCAGGAGCAACCACCAGUGACACAUGA